AUGAUAAUUUUUUAUUGGGUAAAAUUAAAAAUGGGUCCGAAUGGGUCUAUUAAAUCGAGAACAAGUUUGAAAAAUCAUAUGCAUAAAAUAGAUGAUUUUAUUUACUUAGGAGACCAAUAUAGUGUCCAAAAUGAUAAAGAAUUGCAAUUAUGUGGAAUAAAAAAUAUUUUGCAACUUUAUGAAGUCCCUAGAAAAGAGCAUUUGUAUAAUUAUUGUGUGCUGCCUUUGCCAAGAGGAAAAAAUUUUAGUAUUUUGCCAGUUGUUCAAGAAAGCUUGAGGUUUAUAGAUCAAGCAAUUUCUAGGGGAGAAAAAGUCUUGGUUCAUUGUAAAUUCGGCAAGAACAGAAGUGCUACCAUUGUAAUUGCUUAUUAUAUGGCGAGCAGAGACUGAAGUUAUAGACGUGCUUAUGAAUAUAUUUUAAAUAAUAGAGCAAUAGUCCCAAGUAAUGAGCUGAAAAAUCAAAUUUUAUCAAUUCAUCAUCAGCUCAGAACUUAUCUGGAUCCAAGUAAAGAAAUUGUAAGAAUUUAA